GGCCCCAGCGUCAGGUGGAUGCGCCGCAGCAGUGACCCGCGUCGCCCCUAUGGAUCGCGUCCAUGGAUGUCUUCAAGCCCGCUUUGGACGAGCGCUUGAGUCCCAGGGAUGGGGCGUCGUCUGAGGAGGCGGACGUGUUCCGCUGGCCCCCCACCGGUCCGGAGGCUGCUGCCCCGCGCCCGGAGCCCGCCGCCGGGGGGGGGGGCUGCUGCUGGACCGCCGUGUUCGACUACGAGGCGACCGCGGACGACGAGCUCAGCCUCCGGAAGGGCGACGUGGUGGAGGUGCUGUCCAAGGACUCCCUGGUGUCCGGGGACGAGGGCUGGUGGACCGGCAUGAUAGCGGACCGGGUGGGCAUUUUCCCCUCCAAUUAUGUCAGCAGAGGCAUCCCGGAGGAGAUCCGGGACACCCCGGAGCAGCAGUCCUACUCCGUGCCUCCUCUGCACCUCCUGGAGAUUGAUUUCUCUGAGCUCACCCUGGAGGAGAUCAUCGGGGUGGGCGGUUUCGGAAAGGUCUACCGUGCGGUGUGGGGGGGCAGCGAGGUGGCGGUGAAGGCGGCCCGCCGGGACCCGGACGAGGACGCCGAGCAGACGCUGGACAGCGUGCGUCAGGAGGCCAAGCUCUUCGCCAUGCUCAGCCACCCCAACAUCAUGGCCCUGCUGGGCGUGUGCCUCCAGGAGCCCAACCUGUGCCUGGUGAUGGAGUACGCCAGGGGGGGCCCUCUGAACCGGGCCCUGGCCGGGAAGCGCAUCCCCCCCUGCACCCUGGUGGACUGGGCCGUGCAAAUCGCCCGCGGCAUGGACUACCUCCACAGCCAGGCCAUCGUCCCCAUCAUUCACAGAGACCUGAAGUCCAGCAACAUCCUGAUCCUCGAGAGGGUCGAGAUGGAGGAUCUCAGCAACAAGACUCUGAAGAUAACAGACUUUGGCCUGGCUAGAGAGUGGCAUCGCACCACCAAGAUGAGCGCCGCCGGGACCUACGCCUGGAUGGCUCCCGAGGUUAUCCGCUCAUCGACGUUCUCCAAGGGUAGCGACGUGUGGAGUUACGGCGUGCUCCUGUGGGAGCUGCUGACUGGAGAGGUCCCGUUCCGAGGUAUCGACGGCCUCGCCGUGGCUUACGGAGUGGCAAUGAACAAGCUGGCUUUGCCCGUCCCUUCUACUUGCCCUGAGCCUUUUGCACGUCUUAUGGAGAACUGCUGGAGCCCAGAUCCUCACUAUCGACCACAAUUCACCACUGUUCUGGAUCAGCUCACGGCCAUCGAGGAGUCGGGCUUCUUCGAAAUGCCAGCCGAGUCCUUCCACUCUCUGCAGGACGACUGGAAACUGGAGAUCCAAGAAAUGUUUGAUCAGCUGAGGACCAAGGAGAAGGAGCUGCGGUCGUGGGAGGAGGAGCUGACCCAGGCGGCGCUGCAGCAGAAGUGUCAGGAGGAGGCGUUGAGGAAGCGCGAGCAGGAGCUGGCCGAACGGGAGAUCCACAUCCUGGAGCGGGAGCUCAACAUCAUGAUUCACCAGCUCUACCAGGAGAAGCCCCGCGUGGAGAGCAGACAGGGGAAGUUCCGCCGCAACCGCCUUAAACUCAAGGACGGGAACAGGAUAAGUCUGCCGUCAGAUUUUCAGCACAAAAUCACAGUGCAGGCAUCUCCUUCCCAUGACCGCCGGAGGAGUCUGAUGAGCAGCAGUUCCAGCCCUCCGAGCAGCCCGCUGAUGCUGCCUCGCCUCAGGGCCAUCCAGCUGACUCCGGCGGAAGGGUGCAAAGCCUGGGGCCGCUGCACAGGUCUCCUGCAGACGGAGGACGAGAUCGAGAGGAAAGGGUCCAGGAAGAAGGGCCGGUCCCGUGGAUGUGGCGUAUACCGGGAGCACAGCGCCGACGCCUGUGUGAAGCCUCCCCAUGAGGGCAGCAGGCAGCGGUCCUGCAGCGCCCCGAACCUUCGCAGAUCUCCCAGACACAGCCCAGCUGUGCCUGGCGUGCCAAGCCUUUUGGAGAUAGAAAACGAAGACUGCUGCUUCGCGGCUGAGCCGGGAGCAGCUUCUGGUCAGUCCUACCUCUGCAUCCCUUUCCAAAAGGAGGCCCCCGGCGCCUCGGCCGCGGACGGCGACGGGGACGAGUACUGCCUGGGCGGCCGGGCCCCCGCCACGCCGCCCUGCAAGAGGAGCCCCGGCGGGGGGCGGCGCUCCGAGCUGGUGCUGCUGGGAUGCGGCGCCCUGCUGGCCGCCGUGGGACUGGGCUGCAACCUGCUGGCGCUGGCCCCGCCCGGGGAGGCGGCCAGACCCCGCUGGGAGGGCUUCUUCCACAGGGCGGGCGCCCAGAGGCCGGGCGGCAGCCCCUCGGCCCGCGGCCUGUUCCGGCGGGAGAGCCCGCUGAAGCCCGCGGCGCCCUCGCCCCCCGAGCGGGGGCCGCCCCCCCCACCCUACACGCUGCUGUCCCUCUCCUCGCCGUCCGACUGCAACUCCACGCGCUCGCUGCUGCGCUCCGACAGCGAGGAGCUGCUGGUGUGCCGCCCGGCCUCGCCGGCCUCCCGGGGCCCCCUCCGCCCGCCCGGCCGGGCGCCUCAAGCCCCCGCCGUCAACCCGCUGGUCAACACCCGCGUGGAGAGCUUCAAGCGCAACCCCCGCCAGUCGCUCACGCCCACGCACGUGCCCUGCGCCCCCAGCGCCUCGCGCGGCCUCCGCCGGACGCCGUCGGACGGAGCCAUCAAGAAGAGCUGCCCCCCCAACAGCCUGGAGCCGCUGCCGGAGAGAGCCGCUCUGGAGAGCACAGGCGGUUGCAGGGGUCUGAAAGAAGAUGGUUCAGAUGUCCCCCGGCUCCCCGAUCCCAACGUGGUGUUCCCUCCCACCCCUCGUCGUCGCUGCGCUCCCGAACGGCCCAAAACCCUGGACUUUGUGGCCCGGCCCCGGCCGUCCCCCCGCUCGCGCGGCGACCUGUUCUGGGCCGAGGCCAGGCCCCGGGGAAACGGGCAGGGGCCGGGCGCCGGCGAGUCGCCGUCCCACACCUCCAGCACAGAGACUCCCCCCACGGUGGAGUUCGGCAGAGACCCGGCGGUGCCGGCCACCCCCAUGGAAGCCCCGACUCCCUACUCCCCCCGCCGGGGGGGGGGGAACUUAUUGGACCAGCUGGACGAGGGGCAGACCCGGGACGGGACGGUGCCCCUCUGCAGACCCGAGGUCGGCCGGCCCAGAGACUCCCCUUACCGCUACAAGCCAGGAUUCUGGUCCUGACUCGGCGCAACGCUUCCCAGGUCCGGAAACUUGAUCGAGACUGUUAGCCGCUGUUAGCUUUUGGAAUGUCACAAUCCUGGGUCACUUAGUCUGGAGGUGAAACCGGAAUUGGUUUGCCGUCCGUCACCGAUCUGCUUUGGAAAAUUAGCCCCCGGCACUGAUCCUUUCUGAUACUUUCAUUGGGCUUUGCAAGAUAAUCAUUCGGUUUGGCAUCAACAGCAGCUGAAACAAUGCUUUAAAAAAAAAAAAUCGGGGACUAUGAUGAAAGUGAGGCUGUAAGAAAUAAGAGGAGGAGCAAACACAAAUCUAAUAGUCUAAUAAUUGUUAUUCUUUAGGUGUAAACCGAUGAUGGCAUUAAAGCAAAGCAGAUGACUUUUCAAAGCUUUACAGACUUCUCUCAGUCAAAGUCGAGUUGAAGAUUGUGCAUUUAAUGAAAGUGUACUUUUGGAAAGCGUUGUGAAUGUAAAGCUCCGGGGGGAUUGUCUUUUUUUUUUGUGUUUCUUUGUAAUUUGUCAACAAAACCGCCAUCAUACGAUGUGAUCUGUACAGAAAUUUCUCUCACUCCUGCACUGGUGGCGGGCGGAUUCCCGUUUUGCUCCGGCCACCUGUUGUCACCCGUCACGUCUCCUCAGUGGAAUCCCACCGGCAGGGCGGGCUGUUGUCGGGUAUAUGAGCACUUCUUAAUGUGAACAAGCCGCAAAACGGAAAGACCCAGAAGAGACGUUGAAUCAUUUAUUUGCCUGAGCAGCCAGUUGGAAAGUAUUUCUCCAAACUUAAAGGGAACUUUGUUUUUUUUGUACCCCUGGUGAAAUGGUGAGCGAGGUGUUGGGAGGAGCUUAUUGGAGGUUUGUGGAAUGGAGGGGCGGGACUAGGGUUGCUCCGGAUUAUUUAUGUUUUUAUCGAUUUAUCUUAUUGUUUUCAUCCGUUUAUUUAUUUGAUUUUUUUACAUGGUUACUUGCAUUUGCCUUGAUCUUUGACUUUGAAUGGAUAUGAAUGUUUUUUCGCCAUUUUCAGCUUUUGCACAUAUAUAAACAUAUAUAUAUAUUCUGUAUCUAUAUAUAUGUGUGUAUAUGUUUCUAUAUAAAUGUGUAGCGCUGUGUCCUCAGCUGGAAUUGAAUGUUUUCUAUAUUUAUUCAUCAAUUCAUUUUUAUUUAUUGAUUCUAUUUAUUUAUAUAAUUUUUUAUAUUUUUUAAAUUAAUUUCCAUACCUUGCUUGACAUUCUGAGAUAUUUAGGGAAGACUCUUCUGCUUCUGCUGAUUAUAUUUAAUGACUUUCAGCCCACUGGGUGAAGAAGAAGAGCUACAGCGAAAGACGUUCUCCACAGGUACUGUCAGACUCUCGCCGUUUCAUUUUUCUUCUUCAGAUAUUAAGUGACCUCUAAUGUUGGAUCUCUCUUCGUGCUCAUCGUUAUCUUGUAAAUGUGAAUGCUAUCUCUUCUGGGGACCUCAGAGAAUGUGAUCAUGCUCAAACUACAACCACUGUUUUUCAACUACUGGUGCUAGUUGAAAUUAUGCAAAGGUCUAAUUAUCUGAAAUGUUACCACAAAUAAGCUGCAAGCGGAUUUAGUUUGGGUUGACAAUUCUACUGUUAUUGACUGACCUGUAUUUGCACUGACACACACUGAUUUGAGUAAAAUCAUGAGGGUUAAAAAUCUCUGAUUCAUUUGUUUUGUCAUUUAAAUAAGGAGCUAGACCUACAUUUCCAGGUAAAUCCUCAUGUUAUCAAUGAUGUGUUCAUCAGAAUAGCCGUUUUAAACAAAGAUGUUACACUUAUAAACCUCAAUGUGAUGUCCACUCUCAAGCUAAGUCAAACAAAUAAUUCAUUCUUACAGGUUGAUUAUAUUUGUUGGAGGGAAAAUUAUGGACGAGCAUAAGAAUGUGAUCCGAAACCUGU